AUGGUGGCCCUCAACGAACUCCGCGGACCUCCCCUCCCAAAUGCGGAUGCGAACCUCCAUGAGGUGUUAUAUCGUAAUCUCGUGAAUCGCCCCGAUGCCGUGGCCCUUGUCUGUACCCAGCAAGCGUCCACUCUCUACGGAAUCCCAAGCGUCGCCAUUGACAGCGAUAAAGGUGAAGCAAACUAUCUACGAUGGACCUACCGGGCCCUCGACCAAGCUGUACAGCGACUCGUCGCUGGUCUGCGAAGUCGAGGGCUGAAAAGGGGUGAUCCAUUGGUGAUGUUCAUUGCAAAUACCGCCGAAUAUGUUAUUGCCACCUGGGCUGCGUAUCAAAUCGGUUGUGUAUACAUUCCAAUCAAUCCAAAAGGCCUGGCCAAUGCCACAGAGAUGCGGCACAUGUUGCAGACCACGAUGAAAGGAUGUCAGUCAGAUCUUAUGGGAAUCAUUGCAGGAGAAUCCGGCAUGUGUGCGCAUAUCAAAGAGUUCACUUCCGGGCUGAGUUGCAUUAGAAUAUUGGUCGAUGGAGAGAUGAACGAAUGGACACCGUUCAAGGAGCUGAUGCGCAAUUCAGCUCUAGAUCCCCAGCAAAGUGAUCUCCAGCAAAGUCUAUUUCGAGAUCAGCACUUAAAGUCUCCCGAUCGAUCGAUCUUUUUCACUAGUGGUACGACAUCUCUCCCAAAAGGCUGUAUGGUGCCAUCUGCGUAUGCCUUUGCGGCCGCUUCACGCUGGCGCCAAAGCAGUGUUCCCAUGCUUCCUGGAGACCGAGUCUUGUUUACACUGCCAAACAACCACGGGUUCGGCUGGGUUUGUAUCAUGUCUGCCUUUCUUAAUGCAGCCACUGUUGUGUUUGCGGGGCCAAGAUUUGUUCCAGAGGCCGUGAUCAAGGCCAUCCGGGAGGAGCAAGUGAGCCACACUGGAUUGGUGCCAACAAUGGUUCAUGCUCUGAGCAAUAUUCCACUUCCAUCUGAAAAGCUCAGCUCUCUUAGGCGCAUUCUGCUAGGGGGUUCUCCCCCAACCGAGGAGAUCCUUAAAAUUUGCCUAAAUUCUCUAGGUGCUUCGGGGGUGGAAAAUCUCUAUGGCAUGACGGAGGGUGUCCUGGUUUCUACCGACGUGGUAAGCCAAGCCAGCGAUAUCAUCAAAGGGAGGAAUGUUUCUAUCGGCACACCACUCCCUGGCAUGCGUGUCCGGAUAUACGCUCAGGACACUAAGGCGACAGUUAGAGCUGGAGAGACUGGCGAGAUACACAUCUCCGGUUCAAGUCUGAUUGACGGAUAUAUUGGAGAAGCCAAUAAAAACUUCUACAACGGGGAUGAUGGCCUUGCUUGGUUUUGCAGCGGUGAUAAAGCCUUCAUUAGCGGCGACAAUCGUAUCUAUCUUAUUGGAAGGUACAAAGACACCAUUAUCCGCGGAGGCGAGAAUAUUGAACCAUCAGCUAUCGAAGCGGUACUGGGUCAAAUGCCCGAAAUAAACAUUCUUCAACCUCAGAUUAUACGUGCGCCAGACCCCAUUGCUGGUGAAGUCCCUAUGGUUGUGGUGAACCAGGAAGUCGAUGGCGAUACAGCAAACAGACUCAAAGACACCGUCUUGGCGCAAAUGGGAAAUCUUUAUGUUCCGGCGGAUGUCAUAUCGAUACAGGCACUAGGACAUGAAACAUAUCCUAAAACCAUGGCAGGAAAGGUCCAGAAGACCAAACUAGAAGAUCUGGUUAGGACAUACUGUGAGCGUCAACAAACAGAAGAGCCGACGGCCUUGAAUAACGGCCACACCAUCGAUGGUCCCAUUUCAGGCUCUCAUGUCAUGCAUUCAUUAUGCAUGGCAAUUGAGAAAGAAAAAGGUCGUUCGAUUGACCUCUCCGUUCGAAUGAUUGAACUUGGAGUUGAUUCAAUCUUGUCUAUCGCAAUCCUCAAGUGCGUCCACACGGAAACCCGAGUGUCACUGCCAUCAUCUAUAUUCUUCACCCAGGCAACAGUUAGCGCAGUCUACAACCAGAUCAGUUCAAUUACCGACACGGCAGACUUUCUCAACUUCACACCAGUCAUGGAAGAUGCACCUGGUAAUAUAUGCUUUUCAGUACUGCUCCAGGGGACCCCGCGGGCAGGCGUUCCCUCCCUCUUCCUCACCCCUCCAGGGUCUGGAAACGCCUUUGUGUACAGGACGCUGCCUAAAUUCUCCAACGACCGUGCGGUGUAUAGCCUUGGCUCUCCGUUCCUGAUGACCAAGUCAGAGUCCAAUUGGACGGUAGAAGAUGCUGCCGCCAUCUACGCAAACACCAUUCUCAGCAUUGAUCCUCACGGGCCAUAUAUGCUAUGCGGAUGGUCAAUGGGGACAGCUACUGCAUAUGAAGCCGCACGCCAACUCCAAGAUCAAGGGAAGCAAGUUCUGGGAAUAAUAAUGCUGGACUUGGCAUUGCCUCGACCACCCCCCAAGAUUCCACAGGCAACCGAAGGCAAGCCUGACUUGGAGAUUCCCGCUUUUCGGAAGCAGCACCGAGUCUCAUCUUAUUACGCGAAAAUGGGAUAUGUGCCUCGUCCUAUGGACACGGGCAAUGCCAUCCAACCGCAAAUAUUCUUGAUAUGGGCUGGGCAUGGUGAUCAUGACCGGAUGCCUGGUAUGGUUCUUGAAGCCAUGGAACUAUUGGAGAAAUAUGGACCAGGGACAACGGAAAGGACUGGCGAUGAUUGGCUUCAUACCCCGCGUGAAUCCUUUGAUGCUGGUGGCUGGGACGAAAUGGUCGGACCGGAGAAUGUUGAGUGGAGCGUUGUAGAAGAUGCAGAUCAUGAUACACUUAUAGAAUCACCAGAAUUGGUGCAUUUGACCUGGGGAUUAAUGCAAAAGGCAAUGGAUAAAUGGUUGCGAGGAGUAGAGGUUGAACCCAAUGGUUUCGUCUGA